CUUCCGUUGCGCGACGGAAGUGUGAGUCGCCAGAGGACGACUCUGGGAAGAAUCCGCUGUCCGCUGUGUGUGCGCAACCGGAGUCAUGUCGAGUUUGACGGUGAGAGACCCGGCAAUGGAUCGAUCACUGCGUUCCGUGUUCGUGGGGAACAUUCCGUAUGAGGCAACUGAGGAGCAGUUGAAGGACAUUUUCUCCGAGGUUGGUUCCGUUGUGAGUUUCCGGCUGGUAUACGAUAGAGAGACGGGAAAACCUAAGGGUUAUGGCUUCUGCGAGUACCAAGACCAGGAGACCGCGCUUAGUGCCAUGCGGAACCUUAACGGGCGGGAGUUCAGCGGGAGAGCGCUUCGGGUGGACAAUGCUGCCAGUGAAAAGAACAAGGAGGAGUUAAAGAGCCUAGGGCCUGCAGCGCCCAUCAUUGACUCACCCUAUGGGGACCCCAUCGAUCCAGAAGAUGCCCCUGAGUCAAUUACCAGAGCAGUCGCUAGUCUGCCUCCGGAGCAGAUGUUUGAGCUGAUGAAGCAGAUGAAGCUCUGUGUCCAAAACAGUCACCAGGAAGCUCGAAAUAUGUUACUUCAAAACCCACAGCUGGCUUAUGCGCUGUUGCAGGCUCAAGUAGUGAUGAGAAUCAUGGAUCCAGAGAUUGCUCUGAAAAUUCUGCAUCGCAAAAUACAUGUCACACCACUCAUCCCAGGCAAAUCUCAAUCCGUUUCUGGCCCUGGCCCUGGCCUUUGCCCAGGACCUAAUGUUCUGCUGAACCAGCAGAAUCCUCCAGCCCCUCAGCCUCAGCAUUUGGCCAGAAGACCUGUGAAAGACAUCCCUCCUCUGAUGCAGACCCCUAUCCAGGGUGGAAUUCCAGCCCCGGGCCCAAUUCCAGCUGCAGUUGCUGGCCCUGGCCCUGGCCCUGGCCCCUUAACUCCUGGUGGAGCAAUGCAGCCUCAAGUUGGAAUGCCAGGGGUUGGUCCGGUGCCCUUAGAGCGGGGACAGGUGCAGAUAUCAGAUCCUAGAGCUCCUAUGUCUCGUGGACCCAUGACUGCUGGUGGCUUACCUCCUCGAGGACUGUUAGGGGAUGCUCCAAAUGACCCACGUGGAGGAACUUUGCUUUCAGUCACUGGAGAAGUAGAGCCCAGAGGCUAUCUUGGCCCACCACAUCAGGGUCCUCCAAUGCACCAUGCGUCUGGUCAUGACAGCCGGGGCCCUUCCUCACAUGACAUGAGGGGAGGGCCAUUAGCAGAUCCCAGACUGCUCAUUGGAGAACCCAGAGGACCCAUGAUAGAUCAAAGGGGUCUACCUAUGGAUGGUAGAGGUAGCAGAGAUUCUCGAGGGAUGGAGACUCGAGCCAUGGAAACUGAGGUCUUAGAGACACGAGUAAUGGAGAGAAGAGGAAUGGAAACCUGUGCAAUGGAAGCCAGAGGGAUGGAAGCGAGAGGCAUGGAUGCAAGAGGAAUGGAGAUGAGGGGCCCUGGCCCCAGUUCAAGAGGCCCUAUGACUGGGGGAAUUCAGGGUGCUGGUCCUAUUAAUAUGGGGGCAGGUGGUCCUCAGGGACCCAGACAGGUCGCAAGCAUUUCAGGGGUGGGAAAUCCUGGAGCUGGCAUGCAGGGGGCAGGUAUGCAAGGAGCAGGCAUGCAGGGGGCAGGUAUGCAAGGAGCAGGCAUGCAGGGGGCAGGUAUGCAGGGAGCAGGCAUGCAGGGGGCAGGUAUGCAGGGAGCAGGCAUGCAGGGAGCAGGCAUGCAGGGGGCAGGUAUGCAGGGAGCAGGCAUGCAGGGGGCAGGUAUGCAGGGAGCAGGCAUGCAGGGGGCAGGUAUGCAGGGGGCAGGCAUGCAGGGGGCAGGUAUGCAGGGAGCAGGCAUGCAGGGGGCAGGUAUGCAAGGAGCAGGCAUGCAGGGGGCAGGUAUGCAGGGGGCAGGCAUGCAGGGAGCAGGCAUGCAGGGGGCGAGUAUACAAGGGACAGGCAUGCAGGGAGCAGGCAUGCAGGGAGCAAGCAUGCAAGGGGCAGGCAAGCAAGGUGGAGGCCAGCCUAGCAGUUUUAGUCCUGGGCAGAGUCAGGUAACCCCACAGGAUCAAGAAAAGGCAGCUUUGAUCAUGCAGGUUCUUCAACUGACUGCAGAUCAGAUUGCCAUGCUGCCUCCUGAGCAAAGGCAGAGUAUCCUGAUUUUAAAGGAACAAAUCCAGAAAUCUACUGGAGCUUCUUAAAAGGUUUUAGAAAAUACUUGGCAGUAGUCCCACAAAGGUUUUCUGUAGCAUAGAGAAUGGGUGGGUGCAGUAAGCUGACUUCGUAUCCCCACCCUUGAAUGAUUACGAGUUCCCUCCUCUCAGAACCUAAUCUCAUUUCUUGUAGUAUUCUUAGUUUUUUUUAAUUGUGGGGUAGGGGGAGGGGGGAAGUGGGUCUCUUCACUUUAAUUCACUGUAAAUAAUACAAAAAUAACUCUGAACAUGAUUAUAUUAUACCAAAUAAGAUUACAAAGGAUACGCAGCAUUGUUAAAAGGGUCUACAAGGUGUUAAGUACAUUUUUAAAAUACUGAGCAAAACAAUGUGAAAACUGCACCUAAAGACUAAAAGAUGACCUCUUAAAAUGGUAAUGUACUAAGAUAGUUUAACAUGUUUGGUUGUAUAAGAAAAUAAAGACGUUUACCUCAAAAUUACAAGAUAAUAGUUUUUGGUAAGCCAUUUAAAACACAGAAUCCUAUUUCAGGGGCAACAGAAUGCUGAAUUAGGUUAAGUACUGUACUAUUUUGGAAUUACUUCAGAAUGUUAAGAGCUAAACAGAUAAUUCUCAACUUGUGGUAUUGGAAUUGUUUUUUUUUCUGAAGCUAUGCUACCUGAAAAAUCAAGGAAUGCAUCUGAUGUGAUGUUAUUUCAUUUAUCCCAUCUUUCAAGCAAUAUUUUGGCCUGGCCUUGUGCAUGACAAUUUUGCUGGGACAGUUCUAGGUCAAUGAGGUUACUUAAAUCUGCUCUGAUGAGACUCUCUCUCUCAGUACCUUCCUAUUUCUCAAUAGUCUUCAAGCCCUAAAUCUGAAUAAUUCUCUCACUUCCUUCCCCAAAAUCUGUGUAGGGACCAGUUGAUCUGCAUGAAUUAAACAUGGCAUUGGACUUUUCAUAAAUAAUGGAAGGUUUCAUGCAGUAAAGCUCUCAGUUUUUUGGUAACUAGCUUCCAUUACACAGAUCUGUCUGGUCAACCAGAAUCAGGAGUUAAAAAUCUUAGUCUCAGCAACAUUUAAAAUGCCUCUUAAUUUUCUUAUUUCAAAAUCUGCUUAUCUGUCACCAUUUUACCAGAAUAAUUGAAGCCCAGGUAGGUAAAGAUAUCCUUGUAGCCUGAAAUCUGCUAAUUUGGUUACUACUUUCCUUUUACAAGUAAUAAAGCCAUUUAAUCCUAAUAUACAUACCCAUGAGACAUAUUUAAAAAUCAGUAGGAAGGUGGGGCUUACCACAGUAACUUUAGAGCUACUACUUAAUUUGUCUGUAAGCCUUGAGGAUGUGGAGACAAACAUUUGUGUGACAGAACAAGUAGUAAUAACAAGUAUAAACACCUAAAUAACCAGGUGAUCUUACUCAGGAGAAGAAAAGCCAAUACCUAAUUACAGAGGAAAAAAUUAAUACAAGGAGAGAGCGGAGGCUUAGAAAUUGGAUUACUUUCCCUUUGCAAGGUUUUUACAUCUUAAAUGGAUAAUUCACUCUUUUUAUAAAGUUUACCUCCCUACGAUGUUUCCUGCUACUUAUUUUACUCCUGUUUCAUUGUUCAUACUGUUAACUUCCCCAUGUUUUCUAUAUGCUUCCCCUUAUUGGAGGGGAUAACUCUCCUUUACAUGUAUAGUAGUUCUGGUUAAUACUAAUUCAGAGUUGGCUUGAUUACUUUGAAACUGUAGUUCCUUUAUCUCAAAGCUUUCAUUGAAAGGCUCUAACUGAAAACUAUUAAAUGUUAUGCUCUUUGUUAUAGUAAAAUCUCUGCAUUGUUUAAUGCAGACUCAAUAAAAAGAAUGUUCAAUGAAGGCUGAA